CCUGGUAGAUCCUGCAUGGUACUUUCGUGCUUUAGAAGUUGUUUGUGUCUUUGAAAUUCUAGAUUGCAGUGCCUCUGUACAUCUGAAAAUUGCAGAUGCUUCUUGGUAUUUUUGUGUCUGUACCACUUUUUUUUUUUUUUUUUUUUUUUUUUGAGUUGAAACUGUGAGGUAGUUCUGUGUCUUUAAAAAACAUAAGAACUGCUGCAAUGAGGAGCAUAGGAAAUCCACAGUGAAGUUUGGGAGUCUGCAUUUGACCAGUUUGAAGCAUGGGCUGAAUGCUGAUUAAAAAUCAAAAUAUCACACAGAAUCAUAGAAUUAUACCUUGUUUCUCUGCAAGUAUUAUCUAUCCUUUGCACAAAUACUGUGGAGGCAAAAAAGAUCUUGUACUAGUCACCUUCAUGCUUUUGUGAAAGAAGGAAAGAGGAAAAGACUUCCCCCAAAACAUAGGUUUAGAAUCCUCAGCCUUCUGCUUGAGCAGCUUGUUGCUCAGCAGCUGCCUUGCAGCAAGGUGGGUUGCUGCUGCCUCAGGACCCAGGAUUCAGUCUGUUCCUGUUUCUUCAGAGAUGCUGCAAGCUGUCUUCCCAUCAGAGCAGCAAGUUACAAGGUAGGUCUUGCCCUGUUGGAAGGAUACCCAGUAAAUUUAAAUUAAUAUAUUGAAACUCAUUUGAAUGCAGAUGACUGAUUAACUUCAUCGUUAGCUGAAUCUGGAGUGAUUAAAAAAAAUGAGUUUGGGUAUCUGUCUUUGAAUGUCUGAAAAGCUUUGAGCUUUCUUCCUCAUUGCCUUCACAUUUCUGAAGGAUCUGGAUUUAUGGGGACCCUCUUAUUUACUUCAAGGAAGUUUGAAUACAACUUGCUUCUUAUAUUUAUUAUGUAAUUUUAAUGUUACUAAUAGAUAUUUAAUUCAGAUGCAAUCUGCUUGCAGUCUGGCCCUUUUACGUGCUAUGUGCCUCUCUUCAGUACCACACAUGUCCAUGUAUUUCAAGAAGAGCUGAAUGAUACUUGCAUGAGGUCAUCAUAUUGUGUUUCUUAUUGUCAUGGAUUCUUGUUGUGUGUCUCAUCAGCUUAUUUUGCCUUCUUUGUACUCCUCCCUUAUUCAAGGCGACUUUGGUGGUCAGUGCUCCAUUGCUGACUUAUAAAUUUCUGUUGCUUCCUCUGUAAAAGAAGCACAGGAAGAUUUCUUUUUUUUUUUUUUAAGAGUAUAUAUCACAGCCAAAGCACUGCUACAACAUGUGGUCUUACAGCACCCAAUGAAGCAAAACCUGCAGGUGUUAUAUGAAUUUGGUACCAUAUAUGAAGCAGGGCAGAUUAGCACUAAGCCUCCAUUGUGACUUAUGUGGAGAACAUGAUGAAGAGAUAUGAAUUGUAACUUGUGUUAUUCCCAGCAAGAACACAAAACGUGACUAUGUCAGCCAGUGAUAAUAGGAAGAGGAAAUUCAGGAUUGACUUCUUAUUAGAAAUCAGGGAGCUGUCACUGGUUUAUGUUUCCCCAUCUCAGCUUGGGCCUGUGUGAACAGGUGGGUGAGUGACUUACUCCCUUGCGUGUGGCUACCCGUGCACAUAGGCGCAUACACUACUCAUACAUGUCCAAGUUGCCUGUUUCUCUGUGCUUUUACAGAUCUGUAUUUGUGUGAAUUGCUGUCAGCUUCCAAGAAAACUGCCUGCUGGAGCCUAUCCUGCCAUUCUGCUAGCUGCUUGCACUGGCUUUGGAACUUGCGAGGGCCGCGGUCCUGAUCGUGGAGAGCUCCCAGCUAGACAGCUCCAGCUCCAAGGUGAACUCCAUCAAGUCCACCCUGAUGGGGGAGGCUCCAACUCAGGCAACCAACAGAUCCGCAGGCAUCCACCAGGGACUGAAGCUUGCUAGCAGUAAGAAGGGGAAAAUGCUAGAGCAGAUGAGAAAACCUCCCAAGCACUAUCACCGGCAAGGAGAGGUCUAUCCUUGCACCAAUGAUAAGGAAUGUGAAGUUGGGCGGUACUGUCACAGUCCUCAUCAAGCAUCUUCUGCGUGCAUGUUGUGCCGGAGGAAGAAGAAAAGGUGCCACAGAGAUGGCAUGUGCUGCCCUGGGAAUCGCUGCAACAACGGUAUUUGUGUACCAGUAACUGAAAACAUCCUCACGCCUCACAUCCCUGCACUAGACGGGCCACGCAACAAGAAGAACAGUCAUUAUACUAGCAAGGAUCUGGGAUGGCAAAACUUAGGGAGGGCACAGUCCAAGCUGUCGCACAUUAAAGGACAUGAAGGUGAUCCCUGCCUGCGGUCAUCAGACUGUAUUGAGGGACACUGCUGUGCUCGCCAUUUCUGGACCAAAAUUUGCAAGCCUGUAUUGCAUCAGGGGGAGGUGUGCACCAAGCAGCGCAAGAAAGGCUCCCAUGGACUGGAGAUUUUCCAACGAUGUGACUGUGCCAAAGGGCUGUCUUGUAAAGUAUGGAAAGAUGCAACCUCUUCUUCUAAAUCAAGACUUCACGUGUGUCAGAAAAUCUGAAGGGUAGAUAGUACUAAGUAUUAAGUGACUGGUUUUCUGUAUUUAAUGUGUUACAACAUGCUGGGAAAUGAGGACUGCAUGUGAAAGAGGAAUGGCUAAAGUAACAAGGUAGGAGUAGAGAAAAGUCACAUCAAAUGCAUUUCUUUUUGAGCUGGUGGAAAACACCAGAGCAGCCAGAGAUUUCCCACUAAUAACUCCUACAGUCUGUGGGAAAUGCUAGUAUGCAAAUAAGUACAGUGGAAAUUAAUGCCAUUUACCUUGCUGUGUUGUCCCAUGAUGUUUCAGGGGCCAGUAUAAGGGCUACAGUGGCUUUCCACAAUGGCUGUGCCUGCUAAAUAAAUUGUAUACAUUGUACUCCUAUAGGAAGCAGCGCAUUCCAGGAAGACUUGUCUGUCAACACAUUAUCAGUGACUAAAAUAUUAUUCAUUGCAGGUGCGAGGGAUAGAAGUACAGUUACUGUGAAUCUCCAUACGCUUGUCAUACAGGGCUGACACUUCAGCAAAGAAAGCAUGCUUGCAGGACUGCUACAAGAAUCCUAAAUUUUGUAGGCCCUCACAAAAAGGUGAAAAUUUGCCAUCUCAUGAUUUCAAGACAGCAAGCAGUUUCUCUAAUCAGAGUCAUUUAAACAGGGUUUUCUUUCCUAUAUUUAGGCGAACUGAAAUGCUUUAUGUAGUUCAAUGUCAUAGUAGGGCACUUAAUCGCUUGUAUUUGUCUCAGUUUACUGCUAGUGUACAUUGGAUUGAGCAGAUGAAACAAAUACAUGCAUGCUGAAUCCAGAAUUAUAUACAGGCAGUUGCUCAUUAGACCUAAAUAUACUUUCUUUUCCUAAACAUACCUGCAUUAUAGACAUUUCCGAAGAGACAGCGGAGUGCUGAAUAUCUAACAUUAAGAGAUAUGAAAUUGUGCCACUGUUACUGUUAUAACAGAAGAUGUAGGCACUUGUUGGGGAAUUUAGACUGUACUGCUAUCAACUAAAAGUUUUACUUUUCAAUAGUAGCAAUGGGCUACAGUUUGCUAUUAGUGCUAAAUCUGAUUGCAUUCUGCAGAAGUGUAAAUGGAUUUGUUUUUUAGAGGUAGCGAAGAGAAGAAAAGAGUUGGCUCUUGUGAGCACUUCCUCUCCUGCAGAAAACAAUGCAAGAAAAUAUGGUACAGCCACAAAAGACUUAUUAAGCAUCAUGUGAUGAUGCAGCAUAACAGUUUCUGGCAUGUAUCUAAUAUGAACUAGAUCUCUUCUAAAGGGAUCUUCUCUGGAUUUUUCUGUCAGGAAUUCUGGAAGUACAUGGACUAUUGAAACAACCCUAUGUUGUUUGUGUAGCAGUUAGAAGUCGAAGCAUGGAGACUAUCCUUUUUUUCUCACAGUUCUUUUUAAACUUUUGUCAUUUUACUUGUUCACAAGUAAUUCCUUUGUAUAGAUGUUGAUAAAGAGUAUGAUAUUUCUUUUAAGAAGUCUGAUUUUAUAACUGACCUACUGCUAAUCUGUGAUUACCCAUUUGUAAUUGCUCAUUUUCACAUUUUGUAACACACAAGACUUUUCUGUUUCAUCAGUUCUGAACAUAUAUACACCAAUACGUAGUUUCGAGACCACGUCAUCCUAUACCUAAAUCACUUUUUUCCACUGAGACAUGUCUACCAGUGGUUGCUUUAAGGUUACACCUUAUGCAUCCACUGAGGCUCAGAUUUUCUAAUAAGAAUACAUUGCCCUUAGACUCUUAGGAAAGCAAAUUAAGAGUAAUUCACAAUAUCUCUUACCUUACUGGAGUUAUUUUUUAAUUGCCAUAAGGAGCUGCUCUGGGGUGGGCUCUUCUGUUUUUUAACAGUCUGAGUCAGACUUCAAACUCAGUCCUACCAGCUCCACUUUGGUUAUUUCAAAGGAGUUCUUGUGUACCUAAAACAGGAAUAAGGUUCAGAAAUAGCAUAAUUUCAAGAUAUUAAAAAAGUACAGGAACUGUACUUUUAAAUAACACUGUCUGUGUUAUUUACACUGACAGCACAUGCUCAACAGAGGAGCUCUGUUGCCUUCAUUUCAACUAUGUGUACAAGAAAAUGUAACCCAAAUGGAGCAGUGGGGUUGCAGAAAUGGGCUCAGCAAUUUUUGGCUCUUCUUAUCACUAGCCUAACCCUCUCCCUUCUCCUCUUACAAAACAUAGUUAUGUGGGAUAAUUUAUUUACAGGAAAUGUUUAAUGAGAUGUAUUUUCUUAUAGAGAUAUUUCCUACAAAAAGCUUUGUAGCAAAAUAUAUUUGCAGCCUGUUGACUUUUAAUGUAGAAAAAUGUAUAAUAAGAUUAAAUAUAUUAAAUGUCCUUUCCCAUUUCUCCACAAAUCUUUUACUUACCUGCUGCUUCAGAAGAUUAGUUCUUUUUUUCUGGAAGGAUAUGAAUACUUUGGCUGUAAAAGUAAAAGCAUCCAAUUUCCCUUGUCUCACGGCAAUAUGUAGGCUGAGUUCCGGUCAAACACAUAAAGGCCAGAUUAAAAUGAUCACACAUCAUUUCCACUAAAACAUUUGAGAAUAAGAUUUGAAAGUAAUGCAUCUGGAUGCACUGCUUCAACUAGGCUUAAAAAGGAAAGAGCUCAGACACAUUCCCUGGAUAGCGAUACAAACCUGAGACUCACAGUGGGUACACCUGACAUUAAAAUUACAAUGGCAUUUUGCUAUAGAUUACAGCAUACAAAUACAUUGCUACAAGAUAAAAAGCUAGCAAAUCUGAAAUGGUAGACAACUAGUAUUCAGCUCUAAUAACAUGAAAUAAUCCAUAUGACCCAAAAGAAAACAUUGCUACAAGAAACAGACAAGUUUUGAGCCCAGGAAAACCCUUGCAGGUCUCAAUAACUAUUGCCAAAUAAAAGCUGUGGUUAUUGAGCAAUGGUCUCAAUAUUCUUCUUGCUUGUUUCUGGGAAUCCUUUGCUCACACAGAUGUACACUUGGGGAAUGAAAUGGUCCCCAAGUAGCAUUAGCGUUUGUAAAAAAUAAAAAGGUUUUGCUACUGUUCCUUA